AUGCUUGUUCUAGUGUGGGUCUUCGGGCUUCUGGCGAUGGUGAUGUGUCAGCCAUUUUACGGCUUAGAGAAACAAAUUCUGUAUGGAUUUCAAGAUCCGGACGAGAUUCAGUGGAGACCAGAUGUGAGUUUUGACACUAUUCAAAAGAAUACUACCGUUUCCACAACGGAAUAUAAUCAGCGGCUGUCCUUGGUUCGAGCUAACCUGAAAUUGAGAGGAUAUUUAUUGAGUGACGCAAAUUAA